UCAUAUGGAACUAGAGUGGAACUGCAACCAGUUCAGAACCCGGAAGUUUCCCGAGUGACCGUUCUCCCCAUAUUAAACAUUCUCUGGAUUCACCUUUCUGCUCUGAGAGAAAAACUGGACUAAAAUCAAAACUCAAACUGUGAACAGAGAGAUACUGCCUUUACACAACCACAGAAGUCACUGCUGACUGAAUCAGAGUACGUUUUAAACACUUUCACCCCAAAGGGAAAGUAGCUAUACUUCAGACUACAGCUUGAGGGUGUGACUGGGUGACAAAAUGGCGUCCACCUUGUCUCUCCCAGAGGAGGAUCUCUCCUGUCCUGUGUGCUGUGACAUCUUUAAAGAUCCUGUCCUCUUGUCAUGUAGCCACAGCUUCUGUAAAGCCUGUCUGCAGGAAUACUGGAAGGAAAAGAAAGAAAGAGAUUGUCCAGUUUGCAGAAGAAAAUCAUCACAGGAUUCCUUUCCUCUCAACCUGGCUCUGAAGAACCUGUGUGAGUCCUUCUUACAGGAGAGACGUCAGAGAGCUUCAGCAGGGUCUGAGGUGCUCUGCAGUCUGCACAGUGAGAAACUCAAGCUCUACUGUCUGGAUGAUAAACAGCCAGUGUGUGUGGUGUGUCAGACAUCUAGAAAACACACCAACCACAGAUUCAGACCCAUAGAUGAAGCUGCACAGUAUCACAAGGAGGAACUCAAGCCUGCUCUGAAGGCCUUACAGGAGAAGCUGAAGAUCUUUAAUGAAGUUAAACAAACAGCAAAGCACAUUAAAAUCCAGACCCAGCACACAGAGAGGCAGAUUAAGGAGGAGUUUAAGAAGCUUCACCAGUUUCUACAAGAGGAAGUGGAGGCCAGGAUAGCUGCACUGAGGAAUGAGGAGAAGCAGAAGAGUCAGAUGAUGAAGGAGAAGAUUGAGGGGCUGAGCAGAGAGAUAUCAACACUUUCACACACAAUCAAAGCCAUAGAGGAGGAGCUGAGAGCUGAAGACAUCUCAUUCCUGCAGAACUACAAGGACACAGUGAAAAGAGCCCAGUCCACUCUGCCGGAUCCACAGCUGGUCUCAGGAGCGCUGAUAGACGUGGUCAAACACCUGGGCAACCUGACCUUCAGAGUCUGGCAGAAGAUGCAGGACAUUGUCACAUACACUCCUGUGACUCUGGACCCCAACACUGCCCACCCAGACCUCAUCCUGUCUGAGGAUCUGACCAGUGUGAGAGACAGUCGGGAGAGACAGCAGCUUCCUGACAACCCAGAGAGGUUUGAUUACUAUGGAUGGGUCCUGGGCUCUGAGGGCUUUAACUCAGGGACACACAGCUGGGAUGUUGAGGUUGGAGACAGUAUAGACUGGGACCUGGGUGUGUUAACAGAGUCUGUCCAGGGGAAGGGAAUCUUACAGGGUGGAAGCUGGGGAAUCUGGUUCGAUGAUGGUGAAUACACAAUAUCCUCACAGGGAUCACUCACUGUUCUCACAGUGAAACAGAAACUCCAGAGGAUCAGAGUGCAGCUGGACUGGGACAGAGGAAAGCUGUCAUUCUCUGACUCUGAUAGAAACACACACCUACACACAAUCACACACACCUUCACUGAGAGAGUGUUUCCAUACAUUUGUAAUGGGAACACUCUUCACUCUCUGAGGAUCUUACCAGUGAAGGCCUCUGUAACAGCAGAACAGCACAGUCAUUAGAGCUGGUACCACCUCUAUCUGGAACAGUAGAACAGCACAUUUGUGUGUUUACAACCUUCCUGUCAUGAAGGAAAACAACUUCUAACAUGAGCAUCCAGGUACAAAGGUCAAUAG